AUGGAGCUUACUUCGUUCCUCAGCUUCGAAGCAGUUUCUAAUGCUUCCUUAAUCCCAUUUUCUUGCAAUCAACUUUGCUGCCGAUGCUCCUUUCCCCUUCGUCGGCGCGAUUAUGGCUUCUGUUGGACUUCCAGAUCAAAACCGUUUGUUCGGAUCAAGCUGUGCACGGAAAAGAAAGGUUUGUCGCCAAACGGUUACGGUGGAACCGAAAGCGGAGAAACGAAACCUGAUUUCGUCGAAGUCAUUGGCAUUGGCUCUAGGAAGGACGCUGUUUUUGAUUUCUGCUUGAGCGCGCCGUUUCGGUGGCCGUCGCUGCGGUUUUGGUAA